AAACGGGGAGGAUCAUGUAACAAAACUACGUGCUUCUGGAUGAUGGAAGGCAGGUUGAGAGGUUACCUGCCAUUGACACGAUCAGGUGACUGGUUUAUGUGGCAACAAACAAGGAAGCUCUAUACAGUGCCGCCUCAGGUGCUGAAUUGUCAAGAGGAGCUGAACAAACAAACAGGAAAACGAGCUCCUCCUGAUCAGUGCCUUGGCCCUGGAGAUUGAUUCAAGCAGGAUUCGAUGGUCCGGGCAACAUGGAGGCUAAGAUAGUAAGAUGUUAUUUUUCUUCUUCUUCUUCUUCUUCUUCUUCUUCUUCUUUUCUUUUUUUUUUCUCUCCCUACAUCUGAUAUAAGUUGAAACCUCCAACUUAAAAUCUCACUUUUUUUUUUUUCUUAGUCAAGAGACCCCUAGAGAACUCCUUUCAAGUUCUGGACUAAAUGAAAUUUGAAAACAAGU